GAAUUUAUUUAUUUAUAGUAAAUACUGGACCUCGCAAAGUCAGGUAACUUAAUUUUUUGGUGGCGUCGGGCGCCAAAUUAACGUUAUCUUCUCCGCCUGUGUUCUGCUUGACUGCUUCCAUCCAAAUUCUUUGCGCAACAGAAAAAUGGCCUCGGCCACUUUAACCCGUACGUUCUACAAUCUCAGCAGUCUAGGCUCCUCUAAACCUCAGGUUCAGAGAAGUCUGGACUCUCGCCGUACCGUUGGAACUGGAGGAAGGAAGAGUGAAGUUCGAUGUGAGGCGGUUGGAGUCGCAGCCGCAAAUCGGAAGCCGCUGGUGACCACCGUUAAGAACGGGAAUGAUUCGCUGGAGAUAUGCAGAGUACUUAACGGAAUGUGGCAAACAAGUGGCGGUUGGGGCAGAAUCGACCGUGAUGGUGCCGUUGACGCUAUGCUCAAGUACGCCGAUGCUGGUCUUUCCACCUUCGACAUGGCUGAUCACUAUGGGCCUGCAGAAGAUCUUUAUGGCAUCUUCAUUAAUCGUGUCCGCAGAGAACGCCCACCUGAGUUUUUAGAAAAUGUCAAAGGUUUAACCAAGUGGGUCCCACCCCCAGUUAAAAUGACAAGCAGUUAUGUCCGGAAAAACAUUGAUAUCUCACGAAAAAGAAUGGAUGUUGCUUCCUUGGACAUGCUUCAGUUUCAUUGGUGGGAUUACUCUAAUAAUGGCUAUCUUGAUGCCCUUAAACACCUUACAGAUUUGAAAGACGAAGGUAAAAUCAAGACUGUAGCUUUGACUAACUUUGAUACAGAGAGGUUACAAAUUAUUCUGGAAAAUGGUAUUCCAAUUGUUAGCAAUCAGGUUCAACAUUCACUUGUGGACAUGCGACCUCAACAAAAAAUGGCAGAACUCUGCCAGCUCACCGGAGUAAAACUUAUAACAUAUGGAACAGUGAUGGGAGGAUUAUUAUCUGAGAAGUUUCUAGAUACUAAUUUGUCAAUCCCAUUUGCUGGACCUCCACUCAAUACUCCUUCCCUUCAAAAGUACAAAAGGAUGGUUGAUGCAUGGGGUGGAUGGAGUCUGUUUCAAGCUCUGCUCAAGACACUAAAUAAGGUGGCAUUGAAACAUGGAGUCACAAUUCCAACUGUUGCUGUGAAGUUUGUAUUAGAUCAGCCGAGUGUAGCAGGGUCAAUGGUUGGUGUUAGACUUGGGUUAUCUGAACAUAUUAAGGACUGUAGUGCUGUGUUUUCACUUAAACUUGAUGAAGAAGAUGUCAGCAGCAUUAGGGAAGUGAUAAGCAAGGGAAAAGAUUUAAUGAGAGUGAUUGGUGACUGUGGAGAUGAAUAUAGACGUGCAUAAAUGAAGCACAAGGAACAUAUAGUAUUUUUUGUAUUAUGCAAAUGAACAAUUAUGGACACAUGGAGAUAAGAAAUUUGUUUUUGGAGAAGUUUCUUUUCAAGCUAUGUUUUAGUAUGGACUGGGGAAAAUUCUAACUUUGUGAUUACAAUGACUC